AUGGAACUGACACCUGCGUUCGAGCCGCGAGAUGCAGCCGCGGCAGCUGAAGCCUUGCGCCGCGCCUCUGCCAUAUCGUCUCAUGACAACUUUAAGGAGGGAUGGCGACUCUUUCGGGUUCUUAUGCCCAUCCACUCCGCCAACAAUAUAGCCUUCAUGGAUUUGGCGGCCAACGCCUUCCUCCUUUCAACCAUCGGCAUCCACUUCAACGCCGGCGACACCGUAAUCUGGGCCGUGACAGCACAACUCAUCGGCGCAGUCGUCGGGCAAGCAUUGCUUGGCUAUUUGAGUGACCUCUUCGGUCGUCGCAAUAUGCUGGUCAUAGCGCUCGGAGUGCUUGUGGCUGGCUCUCUGGUUUCUGGUGUUUCCACCUACGCCACCAGCCAGGCAGUAUUUAUCUUUGGCCGUGUUCUCAGCGGGUUCGGAGACGGUACCAUGGUCAAUCUAAUCAACGUUGCACAAAAUGACUUUAUGGCACCGAGGCUGAGGGAGCAGUUCCAAGGCCUUCAAGGUAUUGGCGUGGGCCUGUGGAGCAUAAUCGGCGUGUUGAUAGGAGCUACGUUGGCCAUGAAAGACCAGAGGUACCCAGACUCCCAUACAGGUUGGCCGAUGUUCUACUACAUUGUCGCUAUUCUCGCACUGCUCAUUGGCAUCUGGCACUAUUUCGAGCUCCCUGGCGCCCCUGAUGAAGCCGGAAAGGAGGCCAUCUGGGCACGCCUGAAAACAAUCGACCGCAUUGGCAUGGGUCUCCUUAUCGCAAUGGUAGUCUUCAUUUGCGUUGCUUCGGCACGAGACGACACCAGCGGAUGCAGCCCAAGGAAGAUUGCUCUGAUCGUGCUCGCUGUGCUUUCGCUCCUUGCUUUCUGCUGCUGGGGUGUAUAUCAACGCCACGAGCUGCGUGGCAUCAGGCCUAUCGUGCCGUUCCGAAUGUUCUCGAGGCGCAAUAUCUGGGUCAUCUUUGCUCAGAGUCUCUGUUUCGGCAUGGCAUACUACAGCUUCCAGGUCUUCAUGCCCAUCUAUUGGCUGAUCGUCGAGGACAAGAGCUUACUCGAGAGUGCGACUCUGAUGAUCCCGUACUACGCCACUCACAGCGUCACUUCAUCGUUGUCGCCCAUACUACUAAAGAUGUCGUACAAGGAAAGGGCGUCGAGUCCUGCCAGUUACAGAUUUAUCGCUACUAUAGGCUUUACAUUCUGGACGACAAGCUUGAUCCUACUUGGCUGCAUUCCUGAACAAGUUCAUGUUGGCGUAGUUGAGCUGCUCGCAAUCCUCGCCGGGGCAGGCACAGGCGUCAUAUUCCAGAACUCGAUUCAUGCGCUUGCCACCCAAGUAGACACCACUGACAGAGCAGUUACGAUAGGCUCCCGGAACCUUAUCCUACUGACUGGUGGCUCCGUGGGCACAGCUCUGUCCUCCACGAUCGUGACCCUCGUGUGCGCCCGUGCUCUGCCAGAUCCUUUGAAGCACUACGCCAGCCAGGCAAUCAGCCGCGUUGAUACUUUCGGCUUCGCUAAGGCGGAUGUGCUUGCGUUGGAUGUGGCACAAAGAGAAGGCAUCAAGGCCGUUUUCAUCUUCUGUGGAGCGCUGAUUGGGAUUUGUCUGCUGCUAUGUCCUUUCGUCAAGUCGGAAGAUAAGGCAGGGCUUGAAGCAGCCAGACGAAAGAGUAGUGGAGCAUCGGCCGAAAAUUAUGUUGAUAUGGUGAUGGCAGCAACAAAGACCAGUGAGGAAGUUGCCGUGGGUGGUCGAGAAAAAGAUAGGCUGGAGGAUGCGUCACAUCCCGAGGUCGUCUAUGGCGCUUGA